CCCCGUCCCCGUCCCCGUCCCCGCUGGCCGCGCAGAGGCAGCCCGGCGCGCCGCGGAACCAGCCGAGCCCAUGGCCCAGGAGGAUGAGGCGGCGGCGGAGGCGGAGAGCGGCGGGCUCCUGCUGGAGAUCCUGAGCUCGCCGCUCAACCUGAGCCUGCUGGGCCUCUGCCUCUUCCUGCUCUACCAGAUCCUGCGCGGCGAGCGGCCCCCGCGCCAGCCCGACGCCGAGCCGCCGCCGCCGCCCGAGCUCAAGCGCCGCGACUUCACCCUGGCGCAGCUGCGGCCCUACGACGGGGUGCAGGACCCGCGCAUCCUCAUGGCCAUCAACGGCAAAGUCUUCGACGUGAGCCGCGCCAGGAAGUUCUACGGGCCCGAGGGCCCAUAUGGAAUUUUUGCUGGACGGGAUGCAUCCAGAGGUCUUGCCACAUUCUGUCUGGAUAAGGAGGCUCUGAAGGAUGAAUAUGAUGACCUGUCUGAUCUCAACGCUACACAGCAAGAGACCCUGAGAGACUGGGAAUCACAGUUCACUUUUAAGUAUCACUACGUUGGCAAACUGCUGAAGGAAGGAGAGGAACCCACCGUAUACUCAGAUGAAGAAGAAAAAGAAGAUGCUAAAGAUCAAAAGAGAGACUAGAGAAUGCAGUGAGGAACAAUAUUUUUGUAUCUUAAGGGACCUUUGUAACAUUCCAGUUCUGUUUUACAAGUUGUAACAUCAACAGUAGUUAGAAAAGGUACAGACUUGCUGUGCAUUGGAUUGCUUUUAAAACCAUUCUUAAUCUAAAUUUACCAGUAACAUAAACAAGAUUAAAUUUCUUCCAUAAAAACUGCAUGACCUAACAUUCUGUAGGACAAAAAGCACCAGAACAGUGCAAAAGUGAACUGCAACUUUGUCCUAAGAAGUUAUUUCUGUUUUUCUUCCAUCAGAGUAGGUUGAAAUCAAAAAAUCUUUUAUUUAAUGGCUAAGGCCCCAAUCCUGCAAACACUUAAGCAUAAGAGUAACUUUACAUAUAUGAGUAGUUAUUCUACACUGAACUCAAUGGAAGAGCUUGCAGGAUCUGGGCUUUAGAUUCUAAUUUCUAUGGGGCAGGGACCAUGUCCAUAAAGCAGCAUACCUAUCUAUGGUGCUAUAUAAAUAAUAAUUUUAAUGGCAGAUAAAACUGACAUUUUAAAAAGAUUUACCACAAGCCUAUAGGGGAAUCACUGAACAUGAAUGCUUUUAUAAAAAAAUCCUCUUUUUUGUUCAGAGAGGUAGUGUGGCCACAGUGGCUCAGGCUUGCCAUCCGAGUACAACCCCAUCCAAGAUCCUAGGUACGUAUUUGAGUAGCUAGCCUCAAUCACUGUCCGUGCCAUGGCAGUCAAGCUAUUUUAGCAUGCGAGCUUGAUCAAAGCUACCAUGUAUAUGUCUACCUGGCACAGAAAUACACCCAGUGGCAGCGAAGACACACCCCAUGUUUAUUGACAGCCACGUAACUGGAUUAAUGAUUUUUGUUGUGUUUACCUCUAAAGCAUAUCUGAAAUGUUACAAACGUUUUGGUAUUGAUUAUAAGUUGGACCUCCCACCUAGAGAGGGGCAUGACUCAGCUAUGACUACUGUUCAUUCCCGUUUCCUCUUAGCAAAACUAUUCUAGGGACUGAUCCCAAAAUUUAAUCUAGAUGAAAUUUUUUUUUUUUUAUUGGCAAACCUCCUAAUGUAGACACAGCUUAUGCCAGCAAAAGAGUGCUAAAGCUGGUACAGUUCAUCCCAGUUCCCAGAACAAAAUAAGUUAUACCAGCAAAAGCACUUUAUUGCCAGUACAACUGCAUCUACACUAAUGCUUUUGCUGGUAUAGAAAUGUCAUUUGAAAAAACACGGCACCCCUAACUGACAUUACUGUACCAGCAAGUUUCUAGGGUAGAGCUGGCUCUAGAAUUGUUUUUUAGCGUGUUACUUUGUCUCAUAAUUCACGUCCAGGCUUGUUUUUUAGCAGGUUCUUCCUUACUGAGUAACCAAGUCGCAUACCAAAAACGGGAAUUGAGAAUGUCUUUGCCCAGUGAGGAGGGUCCACAUACUGUUAGGACACUGAAGAACUAUUUCAGAUUGUUAGUGGAAAUUUCAAGGAGUUAAUGACCCACUGAUCCCUCAUGGAAUGCAUUCCUUAUCGAAACACUUUUGCUUGAAUGUUGUGCGUGCUCUGUAGUUCUCCAUGGUUCCCUCUCUGUCAGAUCCUGCUGUUGGAUUCAAUUAAGCAAGUCAGCAUAGGUCCUUGAUUUUUUUUUAGCUUGUUUCCCUUCUGAGUCCAACAGAUCUGAGUUCAUUGGCCUUCAGGACAUGUUUCAAGUUACCUAUUCACUUAAGCCUCUGCUACAAGAGAGGCACUUUUUUUUUGUUGUUGACUUUUGUUAAAUGUUUUUUUUACCUUGGUUGGUUUUAAACCAGAUUGAAUGUGAGUUUGCAAUAGGCCGACCUUGCAGAACUCCUGCCCACUUGCCUGCAGUAUGUAUGUAAUAUAUAUAUUUUAAGCAAAAGUAAUGUUUUAACUCUUCAUUAAUACCAUGGUAAAGGGUCGUUAAGUGGGUUUUAUACAGGCCAGUAAACUUUCAAGACAACAUUGCAAAUCUACAAUAGGCACAUUCCUGCACUGAAAGGUUAAUAGUGGUCUGGUGGCUUAAGCACAGAUCUAGAGUCAGACUUGCUCUGUAGGCUUAGCCAAGUCACUUUAACUUUAUGUGCUCCAGUUUCUCCAUUGGUAAAAGGAGGAUGAUACCUACUUCACAGGGGAUUGAGCCUCGGUUCUUUCAUGCAAAGUUCUUAGAAAUCCUGUGGUGGAAAGUGCUAUAGAAAGGCAAAGUAUUAUGUAGGGUUUUUUAGCUGUUUUUUUCAUGGUGCCCAUGUGUGUUGUGUGUUUUUUUUUUUUAUCACGAGCAGCCUGAUGUGUGUUGCUGCUACAGUGUAUUUUUGAAUGAAAACCGGCUCCGUGGGAGCUCAAACUUCUUGCAAAAUCCUUCGUUGCUAAUGACCCUGUUUGCCAGAACAGCCCAAUGUUCUAUAAAACUUAGACAGGACACUUUAGGCAGAGGAGCAGACAGAGCGUAGCUGCUUACACCAAACAAAAAGGGAAACUCCCUAAACUAGGCAAAAUUGUUCUUAAAUAGAAAGUGUUCCAUGAGGUGCCGCAGCUUUUGUAAACACUACCUAGUGCACUGUGUAAAAAUACCUGAGACCUUGUUUGUUCAGAAUGACUGUUCUCAAUCCAUACUCGGGGAACCACUUUGAUGGCAUUUGUCUUUUUGUAACACUAGGCCUUAAAACAAAGAGGGCAGUUGUUUGCACAGGUAGCUUGCUAAAAUAUUAUUCUAUGAACCAUGUAGGGAGGGGCUAGGCUAAUGUAAAACUAGUUAUGGGCUUUGUGUUGCUUUUUAAAGCCAUUUAUACUCCUUGUAGACUACUUCUAAUGGUUUUAUCUCAAAUCAGAAAAGUGCUUUUACUUGUUACAGGCAGACAAUAAAAUUCUUACAUAGUG